AAAAAGCAGUUGAUGGAAGAAAACGAAGAAAACGAAUCUGAGCGUGCUAGCUUAGCAAAUCUUCAGACAGUUCUUGAAGAAUUCCAGGCUACUAAAGAUGCUGAGAUCAGAGCUGCUGUGGAACACAUUGAACGACAACUCGAAAGCGCCAAGAUUUCACUGGCAGAAUAUCAGUCUAGGGCCCAGGUUGCAGAGGCUUCUUUAGAACAGUACCAGCAUGAUGUAGCUAAAGCUCAACGUUAUGAGCAAGAAAUUAAGGAGAAGGGUCUCUUAAUUGGAAAAUUGAGACACGAAGCAAUUAUCCUUAAUGAACAUCUUGUGGAAGCCAUGCGCAGACUUAAAGAAGAGUCAAGUGAAAACAAUGUAGACAGGCAACUUGUGACCAGUCUUUUGGUCGGCUUUUUGAUAGCUCCUCGAGGUGACCGUAAACGAUAUGAUAUCUUGACAAUUCUUGCUAGUGUAUUACAAUUGAGCACCGAGCAAAAGGAACAGAUUGGAUUGAUACGAAGCACUGGCCUGCCGCGCUCAUCUUCGUCUAGUUCAGUUACCAGCUGGCAGAACCCCCGCCAUUCAAUCCACGAGGAUGAACCUAAAGAAUCUUUUACAGAUGCAUGGAUUUCUUUCCUACUCAAGGAAUCAAACACACAUGCCCGUUCAAGGCAGGAAUCUCCUGAAAUCACUCAAGAUAUCUAAAAAAAUUAAUAAAAUACAAAUAUAUAUACACCAC